UCAAUAACAUAAAAAAAAUAAAGCAGAGAAAGCAGAAGCAUUUACUUCACCUUACAACAAAAAAGGUCUACACAGAAAUCUCAAACCCCCCUUCCUCCAUUUCACCUUCCUUUGCCAAACCAUUUAUUAGACAGAUUCCUCCUGUGUUCUUCUCACUUGAUUCUAGAGAGAACCCAUCUCAACCCCCCCUUUCAUUUCAGCUUGAUUUUGUCCAUUUCCACUGGGUUUUCUUGGAAUUUUAAGCUCUAAAUAUCUUCCGGGUCUUCUUCUUCUUCUUCCUCUUCCUCGGUUUUUCCUAUUCUCUUCUCUCUUCUCUCUUCACCCUGCAGAGAACUGUUCUCUGUUUACUCGAAGAGAAGAUAGACCAUAUACGGAUUCAAUACAACACUCUUCUUUUUCUUCAACUUUUUUCUUAUUAAGAACAAGUUUUCCUGAAGAAAUUAGUUCAGCUUCUCCUUUCUCCCCUUUCGUUUGUACUGCGUUUGUGAAUUCUGAAACAAUUUUAAGGAGAUGGGAAAGCAUGGACCUUGCUGUCACUGUGGUGUCACAAGCACUCCGCUUUGGCGAAAUGGACCACCCGAAAAGCCAAUACUAUGCAAUGCAUGUGGAUCGCGAUGGAGGACGAAAGGAACACUAGAAAAUUAUACCCCUUUACACGCUCGAGCUGAAAUUACUGAUGUGUUUGAUGACAGUGGAUCAGGAAGAGUAAAGACUGUAUCUCUUAAGACCAAAGAAGUGAAGUAUGUUCCAAAAAGAAAGUUAAUCGACAAUGAAAUCAACUUUGAUUCCCAACAAAAGAGACCUUUUGAUGAUACCAAUAGAUCAAGUAUUAGCUCUGCUAAAUCCAAACCCUUCUCUGAGAUCUUUGAAAAGUUUAAUGUUGGAGAUCCAACUGAUUUAAAAGAUCUAGCUCGAACCGUUGCAUGGGAGACAAAGAAGAGGACUUGUGUUGGAAAGCCUAAUGUAUCUUCUUCAGUGGAGAUGCUUACUAGAGAUCUUUGUACCAUUUUACAUGAACAAAGACAAUCUAAACAAUUCUCUGAAGAAGAUCUGUUUUUCGAGAAUGUGUCUGUUGAGAUGGGACAUGGAAGUAUGCUCAUUCAAAAUCCGAGUUCAGUAUCCAAGGAUGAGGAAUCAGAAGCAAGUUCCGUUUCAGUUGAAAAAAAACUGGCUCUUUCAAAGCGUUGCAAGGAUAAGGUUCAAAAUGAGACACCAAAGAUCCAUGAAAAUCCCAAUUUACAGCUUCUUCAUGUGGAUCUUAAUGAUAUCGUUAACUUUGAUGUGUUCAUGCAUAACCUGUCGCAUGAAGAACAGCAACACUUGCUUAACCAGCUACCAUCUCCGGACACCACAAGUCUUCCAAACAGCCUUCAGAGCAUGUUUACAAGCAAUCAAUUUGAGGAGAGCAUACGGUCAUUCAAGAUGUUGCUUGGGGAAGGUAUUCUUGAUAAUUCUAUGGAAGGUGUAUCAGUUGAGGAUUGUAGGCAUCUGAAGAAGCUUGCUUUAUCGGAUUUGCUAAAAUCAAAAUGGUUUGAACAAUAUAUCACAUUGAAGGGUGUAAAAGGUAAAGGUAGAUAUGUUGUGGAUUCUUCUGAAGUUCCAAAGGAAAAGAUUGACAAUAUUACUUGGAAAACAGAGGAUAAUCCAUCUCAACAUUCAGGAUUGAUGAAGAAAGACCAGCCAAAGGAGGGUGUCUUAAGUGAAAGUAAACUCCUUAUAGCUUCGCCACUUGAUGAUAGCUCUAAUCAAAUGCUCGGCUCUUUCCAAAUUGAUGAUAGCUCUAAUCAAAUGCUCGGCUCUUUCCAAAUUGAUGAUAGCUCUAAUCAAAUGCUCGGCUCUUUCCAAAUUGAUGAUAGCUCUAAUCAAAUGCUCGGCUCUUUCCAAAUUGAUGAUAGCUCUGAUCAAAUGUUCGGCUCUUUCCAAAUUGAUGAUAGCUCUGAAAUGCUCGGCUCUUUCAAAAUUGAUGAUAGCUCUCAAAUGCCCGAGUCUUCCCAAAUGAAAUAUGAAACUUCUGAUGAUCAAGAUAUACUACUGGAUGUGCAAUUCAACAAUGCAUUCCCGGAGGCAGAGCUUCUCUUUCCCCCUCCAAAUUUUGGUUCGAAAGCAAGUACCAUGAAAAAUAUCCGGUUUUGAAGAUCGUGCUUUUCUUAUGCUUAGCUUGAACACCAACUGCUAGUGGCUGUAAUAUUUAAAGAGAUAGUUCAAAUAUGCAGCCUGUUUACUUUCUAAAACCAACUUUAUUUUAUUUUCUAGUUUGUUGACAAACUUGUGUGACACAAUGAGGGUUCUUGACUUUUUGUAUGUCGGUUUAAGAUAUACUCUGUUGUUUAUUUAUAAAAUUUUCGAUAAAAACCA